CCGCCCCCUCUGCUCUUCCCACUGGCCUCGUUUUUCCUCCUCCGAGCUCAAACUCCCGCUCACACACUGACUCCUGCGCCUCUGAGGGGAAACUGUCAGCGCGCUUUUCCACACUAGCCUAGAGGGGAAAAUGGGGGAAGUCCGAGUCCCAACACAGAUCUUUCUGUGGAGCUUAUCCGUCGUGUAUUUAUUCGCCUUUGCAUCCAUCUACAUCCAAGCGCCAGGUCUUUUUGGGGAUGAAGGCUUAGUGCCUGUGCGUCUCCAGGUGGCCGGUGUGCAGAGUCCUCUGCUGGAGCAGCUGCAGGCCUCCCCGUCCCUCCUGUGGCUGGGGCCAACCCUGGGCCUCGAGCCCCAGCAGGCCUUGGAAAUCAUUAGCCUGCUGGGGGUGCUGCUGAGCCUGGGAGCCGUACUGCUGGGAGCGCUCAGAGACAGCCUGGUCUACCUCUGCCUCUGGGCCCUUUACCUCUCCCUGUACACUGUUGGGGGAGACUUCCUUCACUCUGAGUGGGACAACCUGCUGUUGGAGGCGGGGUUUCUGGCCGUCCUGGUAGCCCCGUGUGCCUUACUGCGAAGAAUCUCCUCGUCCGGCCACAGUGACCCUGUGACCUUUUGGUUGACCCGCUGGCUGUUCUUCAGGCUUGUGCUUUGUACAGGAGUGAGCAAGCUAGCCAGCGGCGACCCCUCCUGGUGGGACCUCACAGCGCUGAGUCGGCAUUAUGAGACCCAAGCCAGCCCCACCCCUUUGGCCUGGUACGCCCACCAGCUCCCUGAUUGGCUGUCCAAGCUCGGAGCGGUUUACGUGCUGACGGCUGAGAUUACCGUUCCCCUGCUGAUGUUCUUCGCGCCUGUGCGCGGCUUGAGGAUCGGCGCUUUUUAUGUCCAGGUGUUUCUCCAGCUGUGCUUCAUCCUCCUGGGUGGUUUCAGCCUGUUGCACCUGCUGACCAUCGCACUGAGCUUCUCUCUCCUGGAUGAUGAUCACUUCAGCUGCCACAAGAAAAAGACUAAGACUAAGACUUGGAGCCAGUUUUUGGUCUCGUGUCUGUCUUUUCUGGUGAAGCUGGCUGUCUUCUUCCUUAUUUUGUUCAGUGCCGUAAAGCUCUUCAAACUGGAGAUCAACUGGGAGAAGAAGAUUGUAGCAUCGAAAAUAACCUUCUCUCAUAAGGGCUUUGAGGAGUUUGUCGAACAAAUCCAGGUUCCAACCAUUUGGGUGGGCGUGCUUUCUCUGACUUGGGAAGUGGUGGCUGCUUUGCUCAAGUGUGUAUGUGCUCGAGGCAUCCUGAACAAGUUCUUGAGUCUCAUUCAGUGGGCCGUCUUCACUGCUGCAGCUGCAGCUGUAUUCGCUCUCAGUCUUGUUCCAUACACUGCCAUGGCUGGUAUGUCUGGCGGUAAAAUUUUACCCGAGGUAAGGAAGGCUUACGGUGCUGUGGAGAAGUAUCAGCUGGUCAGCGCGUACGGCAUUCAGCACAGAAUGGUCCCUCCUGCAGGACGGCCUGAAAUCGUCAUUGAAGGCAGUGCGGAUAAGAAGACAUGGACGGAACUGAACCUCAUGUACAAACCGGACAGUCUGAGUGAAGGUCCUCCGGUGGUGGGGCCUCACCAGCCUCGGCUAGACUGGCUGCUGUGGGAGGCUGCUGUGGGGGAGCACGACCAGAACCACUGGUUUACAGGCCUAAUGCAGCGUCUGCUGGAGGGCAAGCAGGACGUGGUGAGUCUGCUGCAGGUGGAUGAAGCUCAGUACCCCUUCAGCCAAACUCCACCAGCUUUCAUUAGAGCCAAAGUCUACCACUACCACUUCACCCGGACCACCGAGGAUGGGACCCAUCCGCAGGCCUGGUGGAAAAGGCAGUACGUGAGGGCGUUCUUUCCCACAGUGCACUUGGGUGACCCUACACUUGAUACACUGCUGAGUGAUGCUGGACUGAAGGGGAAAUUUCCAGUCCAGCCCAGUUCAGACACACCUGUAUCCCAGGCCCUGGGUCUCUUACGCGGUCAUGUGAGGGGCCUCUCUGGGCCCUUGGUGCUUUUAACUCUGUUCGCCACCGUGGUCUCCAUCCUCCUCCUAAAAGCCCUGUUCUCUCGGCCCCACCACCCCAAAGGCCCGAAGCCGAAAUCUGUGUCCGAGCACAAAAAUAAGAAACCCAGAGAGGCUCACGAAGGCUCUGAGAAAAGCCGUGCGCCUCCCAGUCGGGGAGGGAAGAAGGACAACUCCGAGGAGAGGAAGCAGGACUCAGACAAAAGCCCACGCAAGAGGAAGUGAGCUCAACUGCCCCAUUUUACCAUCGUCUUUCUCAGGAACAAAGGGCAGGAGGGCGGAUUCGUUUUGUGUAUUUGCUUCACUAAUGUUCAAUCCAGAGUUGCCGUCCAAUUCCAUGCAUUCAUUUAAAACACCUUCUGUCAUCAGCAAAGUAUUUUUUGGUCUACUCACCAGAGACUGCAGCAUUACAUCAUACGCUACGUGUCAGAACCACUACAUUCCUUCAUGAUGUUGAAACCUGCUCCCGAGUGAUUGGGUGUGCCAGGACGUUUGACUGAUGGUCACGUUUGGAAAAUGUUACACGUGAUGUUUAUUCAUAUUAUUAUUCUCUGUAAUGAUUCAGAGAUUAGAGGAUGACCUGCUAAGCCUAUUUAUCUGACCAGUCACAAGUAGCUGCAGGAACUGUUUGACAUCGGUUGUUUUUUGUAAUGGCACUUUUCCAUUUCUACUAAGAUCUUGUUUAACCAUUGUCCCUUAAAUGAAUGAUGUUGAGAUGUGCACUUUUGCCUCAUGGUGUAAACGGUUGACUAUUAUAAUACAUGUUAUUUCAUAA